UUGUGGGACAUUGUGAGCUCUCUAUUCUCUCUCUUGUCAUCUGUUGUGAAGAGAUUGUGUUUUUUACGCUUUGCUAUCUUCAGGCAUUCAUCCUGGAACCAGUCAUGGCAUCUUCAAAGUCUAAACAGUCUGAAAACUCAGAUAUUCUGUUGAAGAGUGAAUUGAUAGAAAUUCUUAGAAACAGUAAAUCAAUUGAAGGACCCACUACGAAAUAUAUACUGAACACAACGGUCUUAACAGAAGGAAAGUUGCUAAAGAGAGAGAGAAUUGGACAAAAAAAGGACAAACCUCAUAAGAUCAUACUAAUGGUUGGAGAAACAGGAACAGGGAAGUCCACCCUCAUCAAUGCAAUGAUCAAUUACAGCAUGGGAGUCAGAUGGGAACACAAGAUGUGGCUUGAGGUCAUUGAGAUACCUGAAGACCAAACUGAGUCUCAGACAAAAGCAGUGACUGUUUAUGAGGUUAAUGCACUGGACAGCCCUUUCGAUCUCACUGUUAUCGACACACCUGGAUUUGGAGACACGGAGGGCUUUGAUAAAGACAAACGCGUUUCUGAAGCUCUACAGGAGUUAUUCAGAUCUGAGGAUGGCAUUCGUGAAAUUCAUGCAGUGUGUAUCGUGCUGAAUGCAACGGAUGUUCUACUCCAUGAUAGACAGUGCUAUAUCUUGGAUGAAAUUCUGUCAUUAUUUGGCAAAGAUAUAGAAAAACACAUCCUGCUGCUCUUCACACACCAGGAAAAAAAAAAUCUUCCCAAAAGAAUCAUGAAUUUCCUCAAAGAAUCCUUUACUAAAUAUGUAAAAAAUGAUGAAAAUGUUUGUUUUUUAUUUGAUAACUGCCAGAGUGAGUACUCUGAUGAGGAAGACCGAGACACUUACAAAACAUCUUGGAACAAUGGAGUUGAAAAUUUCAGCAAGUUCUUCGAUCAUUUGAAUAACAUUAACCCAAAAAGCUUACACAUUACUGAAGUUGUGCUCAGAGCCAGAAAACAACUGGACGCUUGUGUCGGCAAUUUAAGGGACAGAAUCGAACUGGCAGAACUGAAAAAAAAAGAGCUUGAACAAAUCAAAACUGCUUUGGAUACAUUGGAAAAUUACAAGAAAGAGCAAAACAACUUUCAGUAUGAAGUUGAUGAACCCUACAAAGAAGCGGUCCCAAUAAAUGCAUCACGGUGGAAAUGGAGCAAACGGGCGACCCGCUGUGAAGUCUGUAAGGAGAACUGCCACUAUCCAGGAUGCUGGUGGGUCAGAGAUCUCUCCUGGUGUAGUGUGAUGGAAGAGGGAAAGUGUACGGUCUGCACGCACAAGUGUCACUACACUAAACAUGUGAAAGAUUCUAAAAUAUAUGUGCCUAAAACAAGGAAGGUCACGAAAACAAAAUAUGAUCUGAAAAAGAAAUAUGAAGAGGACGUUGGAGAGAAAAAAAGUUUGAUGGCCAAACUAGAGAAGGACAUCCAGCAGAUGGAGGCAGAGAAGAUCAGGCUUGUAGAAGAGUGUUAUCAGUGUUUUGAUAAAUUAAUGGAAACAGCAUUAAAAUCUACAUCCAUCUCCUCUUUCAUACAUAUAGACUUCAUAAUUGAGAAAGUGAAGGAAACUGGAAAUCAAGAAAGAGUUCAGAAACUUGAGGAACUUAAAAAGAGAGCAAUUGAGGAGAACAGAGGACUGGUAGAAGGGAUCUACAUAUAUUCACAAAUGAUUAUCUAAAAAAGAAAUUUGAAGAGGAGUUUGGAGAAAAAAAAGUUUGACCAAAUCAGAGAAUGAAAUCUAGAAAUGAGGCAGAGAAGAUCAGGCCUGUGGAGUGUUUGGAGAAAUUAAAAUCUACAUUCAACUCUUCUUUCAUUCAUCUGGACUUGAUUGAGAAAGGAAGGAAACUUGAAAAUGACAAAGAGCUCAGAAACUUGAGGAAUUUAAAACAAGAGCAAUCGAGGAAUAAAGGACUGGAUGAAAGACUUAUCUAUCAGUAAACAGAUAAAUGUGUGCAAAAUAAAAGGACUUUUAUUUUAGGACUUGAGUCCUAAAAAGUCUUGAUAAUAAUAAUUAGUUUUAUUUAUAUAGCGCCUUUCCAGAGCUCAAGGACGCUUUACAGUGUACAUAACAAAGAACAGAUAAUACGAGUAGACAAAGAGAGAAACAAUAAUGAACAUGGAAGUAUAAAGAAAUAAAGAGUCAAGUACAAAAUUACAAAACAGGACUUGAGACAUAACAUUCAGAGAAAGUGCAAUCAAUGAAUCAAAUCAAGAGGUAUAGCAUUCAGAAAACAUAUGAGUUUUGAGUAAUAAUUUAAAUUCAGAGAUAUUAUUUACACAACAGAGUGAGCAAGGGAGAGAAUUCCAGAGUUUGGGUGCGAUAGUACUGAAUGAUCUGCCCCCCAUUGAAGAGAGGCGAUGCCAAGGGACAACGAGAAGGCCAGAGUCAGAGGAACGUAGUGAGCAAGUCGGAGGGUAGGGGAUGAGCAUAUUACAGAGAUGAGGGGGAGACAAACCAUGCAGAGAUUUAAAAGUGAGCAGGAGAAUUUUGAAUUUAAUACGGUAGGCAACUGGAAGCCAGUGGAGAUCAUACAAAAUUGGGGUGAUGUGAGCAGAACGCUUGGUAUGGGUGAGUAUUCUAGCAGCAGAGUUUUGAAUGUAUUGUAAUCUGGAAAUGGAGCUGGAAGGUAGACCAAUGAAAAGAGCAUUACAGUAAUCAAGGCGUGAUGAGACAAAUGCAUGGAUGACAGUUUCAGCGUCUUUGGUACUGAUGAAGGGACGGAGUUGGACAAUGCCACGUAGGUGAAAGAAUGCAGAUUUGGUUACAGAGGAAAUAUGAGACUGAAGAGAUAGGGUGGAGUCAAUGAUAACACCUACAUUUUUAACAGUAUUGGAUGUUUUGAUGUGAGAACCAGCAAUUUCAAAGGUGAGAUUGGUAGAAAUAUUGGUGGUAAGUGAGGGAGUUCCAAUGAAAAUAUCUGUUUUGUCCAUGUUGAGUUUCAGAAAAUUUGAAUUAAGCCAAUCUUUUAUGUCUUUUACACAAGCAGAGAUUUUGUCAUGUGAGUAAUAAAAGCAGUAUUGUGUCUGUCCAUCUCUUAUUGGACUAAAAUCAUCUCUCAAUGAUGAAUUGUUUGUUAGGGGUUUCAUCUCUUUGUAAUUUAAUGCAGUGCUGUUUGUAGAGUGAACAUUUUAACAGAAAUGUUUAAUGAUCACUAACAUGACGUGACGAGAAUAUGGAAAAUGUGUUUCAAAAAAUGCUAUUUACAUUUCUAUGAUUUUUGUGAAAACAUUUUUUUUUCCUAAUAUAAGAAUGAUUUAGUUAUUUAGCAUGAACCAUAUAUUGUAAAAUGUUCAAAACGGCAUGUAAUUUGUGAUUUGAAAUCAGUAAAAAAAAAUCUAUAUUUAACAAGUUAUUAAGUAAAAUAUCUAGCUUCUGCUAGACCACCUUCCAUAUUCAACUUACGAAGAAAGUGUAACGCAUCAUUCAUUACGACUUUUUAUUUCUUAUGCAUUUCAUUUUGAUUCUUAUAUAUCAUGUAAAGCACUUUGAAUAUGAAGUGCGCUAUAUAAAUAAACUUGCCCUGCCUUGCA